GCCGCGGGAGGUUGAAGCGCUGAGGGGAGCGGGGCACGGAAGGGCGGUUCCGCCGCGUUCUUUCCCCUUUCUCCCCGGUCCUUUGGGGUUUGUGCUCCCCCAGGGGCCUCCCCUUCGCUCCCCAGCCCUGCGGGUCGGUGCUGUGGCUGCGUUUUUGGGGUGUAGCACCUCAGAACGAGCUCCACAGGUCUGUGGCCGUGCUUAUUGCUUCCCCAGGGUUCAUCUUGCUUCUCUGCGAGUGGAAAACUAGCAGGGCAAAAGCUUGAGUGUUAAUUGUAUUGUGUUAAUAGAGUGUUAAAAGUAUUGAGUGCUGAUAGAGCCUUUUGUUGUUGAGACAGUAAAAGGAGUGAGUGCCUUUAUAUAACGUAACUAUAAGCAGGAAAACAAGAGGACAGUUACAGACGUACCCAAAGUGCAAAAGUCAAAGACAGCUGUUCAUCUCGAGAUGGAAGAGUCAGUGCUGGAUAAAUUGCCAUCUUUGUGCAGUACUCCGAAGGAUGCUGGGGCACCACCUGCACCAGGGACCAGUUCAGGGAAACAGCAAAUGAGUGCAGCUCUGAGGGAACGAUUAAGGAAAACAAGACGUUCAUUUAAUGCCAAUUUUACAGUGGCAAAGCGGCUCAAAAUACACACAGAAGAAAAAGACACUGCUGGUGCUGCCACUGAGUGCUUGCCAGAGACAAGGGCAGACUGCUCCAGGUUACAAGAUGGUUCUGAAAGCCUGGAAGGAAAUGGCACUGGACAUACAUGUUUCAAAAGUCCCUCACAGGAGAGUGAUCCCUGUGGAUCAGCAGAGGAUUCAGAUGUGCUGCAAGUUGAUGUUGGUCAGCAGGAGUCCCUUGAAGAGAAAGUGAAGCUGGAGAAACAAGUGCAGGAGAAGGAGGAGCUGCUGCGUAGGCUCAAAAUGGUGAAGAUGUACAGAUCCAAGAACAACCUGUGUGAGCUGCAGGCUUUGAUAGUGAAGUGGAGGAGCAGCACCCAGCUGAUGCUCUAUGAGCUGCAGUCGGCCUUUUCUGCAGAUGGCACGAAGGUGAGUCUCACUCAGCUCAUCGACACCUUUGGCUUAGAAGACCAGUUACUGCACUACAGCAGAACAGAAGAAGAUUUUGUAGAUGCAUAAUCUACAGCUGCAGAGCUUUCUUUGCACAGACACAAAAGCAGAAAAGACUGAAUAAAUACUGAUUGUGUCAGAAGUGUUGGUCAGACAAUGGACUUUAUGCUUUGGGGUUAGGAGGUUUUCUCCAGAGAUACUUGUAAAGCUGUGUGCAUACAUACAGUAGGCACUGUAAAAGGCAUUACUUAAUGGAAAAAAAACAAACUGGUGAUGUUUUGGAGAAUCUGGCUUAAUGACUUGGUCAGUGAAUUUUUAUUUAAUAAAAAUAAAGUCAUAGUUUAA